AUGAUCCACUACGGGGAGCAACCACUGAUGUGUCAAGCCGUCCAGACCCAGUUUUUCAUGCCAAGUCGGGCUGUUAGUCCCAAGCAGCUGGCAAGAUGCAGCCUGCAGGCCAGUGGAUGUCUCAUACUGCAGAGAUUUAUAACUGCUGCUGAUAAGACGGCCGUCACCACGACUGAUCCGGACUCAAGUGCGGAUUUGCUUGCUCAUGCGUCGGAAAGUACUGUUAUACGACCUAGCAGCCGCAUAGGCACGCCUCAGUCGCCCGCCAAUGCCUCGGAAGUGGAUACUGAGACCAGACCCGCCGUAGACGACAAUGACAACGUACCGACUGAAGAGCUAGAUGCUGUGGCAGAAGAGCGUACGAAUGAGAGCACAGCAUCAGAUGGCGCUGGCGAGAGCAAGCAAUCGGACGCCGUGAUCUGGAUGCUUGCCGGUCUGCACGGUCUGCAAUUUGGCGGAGCAGGACAGAAGUACGAAUAA